CAGAACUUCGGCGAGAUAGGCGACACCGCAAUGGACAAGAGCACUUCAGAGGAUGAACAGAUGAAUAGACUUUGUUGCUGUUGACUGGACACAGCAAUAAAAUGCUGCCUUGGAAAAAGAAUAAGUUCGACCUGAUUGAGGAAGACAAGCAGUCCAAGCAGAAGGGCUAUGCGGUGAGCCUCAACUACUCUGUGCUCACCUCUUUCGCCAAGUCCUGCCCCGAGAGCGCACUCAACAGGGUGGGCAGCAUGUUCAAGUCAAAGAGGAAAAAGGUGAAGAUCACCAGUGAUGACCCCACAUACACGGUGCUCUACCUGGGGAAUGCCACCACCAUCCAGUCCAAAGGGGACGGCUGCACGGACGUGGCCGUGAGCAAAAUCUGGGGCAAAAGCGAAAUGGGCAAGAACGGUACCAAGAUGAGGCUGACCAUCAGUUCGCAGGGCAUCCGGAUGGUGCAUAUGGACGACAAGGCCAGGAGGCCGGGACACUUGUACUUGCUGCACCGGAUAACCUACUGCGUCGCGGACCCGAGGCUACCCAAGAUUUUCGCCUGGGUUUACAGGCACGAAAUGAAGCACAAGGCCGUGAUGCUGCGCUGCCACGCAGUGCUGGUGUCCAAGCCGGAGAAGGCAAAGGCCAUGGCGCUGCUGCUGUACCAGACAUCGGCCACGGCCCUGGCUGAGUUCAAAAGACUAAAACGGAGGGACGAUGCAAGGCACCAGCAGCAGCAGCUCAUAGGGGAACAAACCAUCCCAUUGGUCCCCAUCAGGAAGCUGCUGAACGGACAGUGUUACUACAAACCCCCGGUGGAGCGCAGCCGGAGCGCGCCCAAACUGGGCUCCAUCACAGAGGACUUGGUCGGGGAGGAGGAGGAGGAGAAAGCGAUGCACUUUGAGUGCGAGGACAUUCUGGACACGGACGAUGAUUGUGUUGCCAACGGUAAACAGGAGUUGACUCAGAUUAUUAACGAUUUGGGAGAGAUGAGCAUAGGAAACGAUGUGCGGACACUGAAAGCUGACCUCAGAGUCACCAGACUUCUGUCUGGAGAGAGCACGGGGAGUGAGUCCUCCAUAGAGAGCAACCAGGAGCCCCCACCGCUCACUAACGGGUUUGAGGAGGUAAAGGUGCAGGAAAUUGCCUGAAUAAGUUUAGGCAUUUCUGGGAACCUCUGUUAUGUUGUCUCCACAAGAAACAUUUCCUCUGUCGUCAACCUUAUUGGAGAGUGUUUGUCUAAUCUGGUGCCUCCACUACUAGCUGAAAUGAUCCAGAAAAAAAAGAGGAUUCUGGGACAAUUACCGCACUAAACACACAAUUAGGCUACUGAAUGAUAUUUUUUUGUGAUUGUGUAAACACAGAAAAAAAUGGAAAAAACCAAGUACAUGCCCAUUUGAGAGAUGACUGGUUGAACCAACAAAAAUCCCAGUGCGCCCUAGAACGCACGGCACUAACUACAUCUCUUUUAUUAUUUAAGAGGAUUUGUUGUAUCCUCAAGCUUGUUUACUUAACUUUUUUCUCUCUCUUUUGAAAAUUACAUUUUUCUAUUGAAAGAUGCUCAUCAUGAUCCAAAAACAUUCUGUUGUUAAAGCACGUUGUGUUCUUUUCCCAAGUGGUUCAGUGGGUCUAAACAGGCAUCCUUAAUUUUCCUGUCAGGGCGCUUCUGUAACAGCCUGUUUAUUUACAUUUAUUUUGCACUGUUGUGUAAUUCAGUUAAGUAUUAUGUUGACUACAUGUACAAAAUGUUUGUUGGUAUGUUGUCUGAAACAUAAAUGUCAUAUCUUUGCUGUGCAAAAGAAAAAACCUUUAUGUAUUAAGAUGUAAAGUGAAGAUGUUUAAAUAUGUUAUUUUUUAAAGAAAAUGUGGUUUGUUAUGUGAACCUCAUAGAAUUAUCAAUAAAAAAAGAAAAUUAUAUAAUGUCGUUGUGUAGAUUUGUAUUGGAAAACAAGCAGGCCAUGUUUUCCUCUGGUGCUUUUUAAUAUAAAUGGGGUUUACCUUCAGAGGCUCAAAUUGAGGUCAGAUGCGCUGUGCUGCUAAAUAAAGUGUAAUAAAAUAAAUGGACUAUAUAUAUAU